AUGUCAUCAGUUGUAAAAGGGCAAUCUCCGCUAAGAGAUGGAAAUUGGCAUGGUCGGAUUGAAGUAGGGGGAGAAUUCCCUCCCGAAAAGGAUAGAUACCACUUAUACAUUGGACUCUUCUGCCCAUUUGCCCACCGGGUCAACCUAAUUCGACAUCUCAAAGGCCUCACUUCCAUUCUCCCAAUAUCCAUCGUGAAACCCUAUCCCAAAGGCGAUGACAAAGGCUGGCCUGGUUGGAAAUUUGCAACAGAAAAGGAUCCAUACCCUGGCGCAACUGAAGAUCAUCUCUUCCAGUCCGAAUACCUUCAUGAUAUAUACUUCCGGGCCUGGAAAGAUUAUGAGGGGAGAUUCACAGUACCUGUUUUAUGGGACAAAAAGACAAAUCAGAUCGUUUGCAAUGAGAGCUUGGAGAUCCUACGGAAUCUGAAUACUGGUUUCGACAGCCUAUUGGAUGAUGAAUACAAGAAACUGGAUUUCUAUCCCGACAAUUUGACCAAGGAAAUCGACGAAAUAGGAGAAUGGAUGCAACGAGAUAUCAACACUGGAGUGUAUAAGGCUGGCUUUGCGCCGGAUCAAGAAUCAUAUGACAGAAAUGUUGUGCCAUUAUUCAAAGCCCUCAAUCAAAUCGAAGAGAUCAUCAAGAAUAAUGGAGGCCCAUAUGUGUUGGGUUCAAAAAUUUCAGAGUUGGACUUGAGGUUGUACCCAACAAUUUGUCGCUUCGAUGCCGUAUAUGUGCAACAUUUCAAAUGUAACCUUGGAACCAUUCGUCAUGAUUAUCCGGUGUUGAAUGCUUGGUUGAAGCAUUUAUAUUGGGAGGUAAAGGGAUUCAAGGAAACAACUGAUUUCAAACAUAUCAAGGAGAAUGUAAGAAGUCCAAAACGUCUAAAAUGA